CGUAGUUAUUAUCACAGUGUCCCAUGUACCAGCCAACGAGGCUGGGCUCACUUCAAAAAGUCUCCAUAUUUGGUAUUUCUUCAUCUGAGAGAGAGUUGUUAAGGUGCACGCAACAACUGUUUGUCUGUGAUAUUAUCAAGCUGAACUGGGAUUAUUUUUGUCAUCCAACGGCAAUAUAUUUCCUGCUUUGUCAAGUGAUUUCCCAAUAGGGUUAUCUGGUGGUGACCCGGUAAUCAUUUGGACAACAGUGAUCGUGCAACACCAAAGUUUCAGGAUAACAAUGGGACCUUUGCCAAUACAUUCCCUUCUGAUGUUGUGGGCUGCAUUCACCAUUAACGGGAUGCUACAUACUGAACAAGACACAGUGACCUGCAGUCCGUGUAUAUGCCAGACUACCAGUGCUGUGAUCCGACCAUUCUGUAAUCUUACCAGUGGUGGGGUUUCCGCGCAUUGUACCAACGUGUCGUGGGAUUUCAUACAUAUGAAUAUUCCUAACAGAACUACACAACUCUUCCUUAUCCGUAAUAACUUAAGUGUGCUUACAGAGGGGAUGUUCUCCCGCUUUACACAGCUGCAGUUACUCAAUAUUUCCAUGAACGAACUGGAACAUAUCUCUUCCAGUGCAUUCCUUGGUCUCGAACAUGUAUGUGAAUUAAACCUGACACAGAACGCUAUCAAACGCAUUACACCAGGCACAUUUGCACCUUUGAGUAAUCUUUCGGUCCUCGAUAUAUCCAACAACAGAGGCAUUGGACUAGAAGGUAUUGGAAACAUCACUUCAGAUCUCAAGGAUCUGCCUAUACGGAAACUCGUCAUGAAUAGCGUUGUUGCAGAAUACGCAGUGUGCAUAAUCAUGAAAAAUGCAUUUAUACAAAAUCUAAACUAUACGAAUCUGGAGGAAUUCCAUGCUGACGGCAACUCCAUUCAAACAUUUGGGAGCAAGGCUUUCGAAUAUUUUCCGAAAUCACUUCGAAAACUAUCACUACGGGAAAACAAACUUACCUUUGGAGAGUAUUUGUCAGAUAUUUCCAAUUUAACAGGGCUAGAAGAAGUUGACUUGAGUGGGUUAAACCAUGCUCACGAAUUACCAGAUUUCUCUGAUCUCAAAUGGUUGACAACUACAUUUGAAGACUGUCAAUCUGACAAUGUUUGUGAGUCCAAUCCAAUCAUCUUUUCGUCUAACUAUGCUGACAUAUUUUCUCACCACUCUUUGACCACGGGUGAGGGAAAACCUAUUCCCGUUCCUCCAAAACUAAAGACAUUUGUUUAUGCCUAUUCUCAGCUGGCCUACCACAUUGGUAACAUAACAUUUUCACCUAACGUAUUAGACCACGUAGAUUUGUCCAGUAACAUCUUAUCAACUUGGACUGGUCCUGUCACUGGGCUAGAGGAUAUCACAUUCUUGGAUAUAAAUAAUAAUGUGGCAAAAGCAAUAUCUCAAACCUUCUUUCAUACAUUUCCCAAUCUUCAGAUUCUCGAUGUGUCCUUUAACUUCAUGGGCAAUGUGCUUCAAAAGGACACUGACGGCGAUGUUUUCCUCAACCAAAGGAAACUGCAAAUAUUGAACCUGACAUCCAAUUUUAUUUCACAUCUCACGAAGAAUGUAUUUAAAAGUCUAGUAUCCAUCGAAAUCCUAAAGUUGGGGAGUAACAUCAUCCAUCCGGAUCUCGACAUAGAACUCGAACACAUGAUCAACCUAACUAGUCUUGUACUCACAUCUAAUCAAAUACGAUGGCUUGGGCUGUCUACAAGAGAAUCUCUAGACAAGAUAGCUGCUCGAAGACCAAACAUCAAAUUGGAGGUAGAUUUGUCCAACAAUCCCCUAUCCUGUACAUGCUACAACCUUCACUUUCUCAACUGGAUCCGGACAGCACAUAUCAUCAAGUUUGUUAGCCUGAGCAAUUACUACUGCCUCUUCAGUAGUGGAAGAAGACAGAAUUUUACAGAUUUGGACACCAUCUACAGCGAGUUAGAAAAGUCAUGUCAUAACCAUUUUGGUAUAUACCUUGGUGUUGUAGCGUUGUUUAUAAUGAUUGUGCCCUUUAUCGUAUGCAGUAUAGCGUAUCGUUACCGCUGGAAGUUGCGGUACUGGUAUUAUGCUGCAAGACUGCGCUACAGCAACACAACUGAUUCAGGAAACGAUCCAUUAUUUGAGUUCGAUGCUUUUGUGUCCUUCGAUGAUGAAGAUCGUGACUUUGUGGUGAAUGAUCUCUUACAAAAGUUGGAAGUAGAGGCAGGCUUAAGGCUGAACAUACACCAGAGAAACUUUACGCCAGGUCGUCAGAUUGCUGCCAACAUCCUUGAAGCAGUGAAAAAGAGCAAAAGAACAUUGCUUGUGUUAUCUCGGGAGUCUUUAAAAAGCUACUGGUGUAUGUAUGAACUCCAAAUGGCCAACAUGGAAAGUAUUACCACCGGUCGGGACGUGCUGUUGAUCAUCAUGUAUGAACAGAUACCAACAAGAGACAUUCCUGCUGAAAUCCUGUAUCACAUACAGACUGACUCCUACAUCGAGUACCCCCAUGAUGGGCACACAGAUAUCUUCUGGAGAACCCUAAUCGAAUCACUAAAUAAGUAAAAGAACCAUAUAUGUCAACAUACAUGCACGUUUUACACCCACGUGCUUAAACUCCUGACAUAUGAUGCAUAGAUAUGUGCAGGUGAUGUGCCCGUCACUGUAAUAUGUUUGCUGAUUCAGGUUGUAGAUGUUUUAAGCUUCUUGUAGGCUUUUAGUCAUUGUAGACAUUUUGUACUUCCUUUUUGCGCUCGUGUGUCUGUCUGUGUGUUUGGGGGCGGGGAGCGCUAGUUGUCAUGUAUGGGUACUACACCAAAGUGAUGGUUGGAAUAUUUAAGACAUUACUUCUGAUAGACUUGAUUUUAACAAAAUGAUACAAUACCUGCGUGGGAGUAAGUCAUAAGGACCAAUGAGUUCAAAUGGUUAGUGUGAUGACAUGAUGGUGCAUUUGGUCAUGAUAGAGGUCUGGGGUUCAAUUGGAAGUUUGCAAUACUGUAUCAGGCCCGUAAUCUGUACGACAGAGAAACAUCAUAUCGUGUGAAAGCCCACACUGUCCUUCCUCGGUGAUUAAAAUAUAUCUUUUGGAGUUUGCUUCCAAGACAAACAGUAUGUGACUCCUCAAAACCGAGUCAGUGACAAUGGUCAGACCGGCAUGCACAUGCUUUCUGAGCUUAUUUGCUUAAUGACCAACACUUUGUUAUGUUUCAGAUCGUGAUUGAUUUGGUAAUGUUCGUGUGAAAUCACUAACUCAUUGUCAAUCCGUGUAUGAUCCUGUUUCAGCUUAAAGCAAAUUCCCCUCUACAUUUUUGCAUAGGAUACAUUGUACGAUAUACAACAUACACUCUCACACCCACACUCACACCAACACACCUACCUACCUACUUGGGGCCUUGCAGUAGCCUAGUG